GCACAGUACAGAUGUGCCUCCUGUUCUUCUCUUUUCUAUUCAAAUGAAUGGGCUGCCGCGUUUGUGCAAACUCAGGCCCACACAACCCACAUAAAAAUCCACUGUCUGUCCCAGGAGUGGACUGACAACUCAUGGGGCCCCUGGGCAAUAGGGGAUCAUGGGGCCCCUGUGUCCUUGCCCAAACUCAAAAAAGCCUAUGAAAAACGUACCAGGGGCAUCUCAUGGGGCCCCCUACUGACCCCGGGCCCUUGGGCAGUGCCCAAGUUUCCAAAUGGUCAGUCCGCCCCUGGUUUG